GGGAAUUAUGUAACAAUUGCAGCUUGUCCUAUAAAAGCCCCAGGAGCUCUAACAUGAACAUCAUUUCUAACAAUUGUGAAAAAUGACGCCCAAACCGUCUUUGUUUUGGAAGAUUCUCAUCUUGCUGCAAACAAUAAGCCUUUCAUUUGAAAGGAAUUUCGAAUUUGUACCGGAAAGGGAAGAUAUGUUCAGUGAGUGCCAGGACAAGCCAGGAUUUGAUUUUGUGGACAAAAUGGCGGAUCUAUCCCUCCUCAGCCGAAAGAGGGAUAAUAAUGGUGAUCUUCAUAUAUCAGGAAACAUAACCAUGGCAUGGGAUGUUGAAUCAUCGGAUCGUGUAGCGGUUGAAGUUGGUAUAUUAAAAUUCGAAGGUGGAAUUUGGAAACCAACAGUUUUCAAAGGAAAUGAUAAAGAUUUUUGCAAAUCUUUUUACGACAAAAACGCAAUUUAUUACCCCUAUUCGACUGAACACGUGACAAACAAGGAUGAAGUGAAGGACAAAUGCAUUACCAGCCCUGGAGUGGUUUUAGUGGUGGAACCCUUUCUUGAGAAAAUAGUAAUAAGUAUGGCAGUGCCUCUAACUGCGGGGCGUCACAAAGCCGUAGUAACAUUUUCUGCCUUCGACAAAGCUGGUGUAAAACGUCCUCGGGAUAUAUGCAUGGAAAUUAUUGGCGAUAUUGUGAAAUCCUGAGCCCAAUUACAAAGUUUUCUUUCAAUUACAGCUUACAUUAAAUUUGUUUAGAAAAACAGUCACGUUUAUAAAAAUUUAUUUAGCGUAGGUCAUAUCUAGCAUG